CUGGCUUUGGUCACACUGCCGCACACGAGCUGUGAAUUAAGAGUUUAUUUUUAUUUUUUUUGUUCAAAAAGCUGAAUGGCUGCCAAGAAAUUGAGGAUGAGCAGUGUAAAGGAGGAGGACCCUGUGGCCACCACCUGCUCCUACUGGGUGCCUCGCAAGAAACGCCGCUGCAAGAUGACGGCCAACAAGGGUAGCCCCUUUUGCGGCGCCCAUGCCCCUCCCACCGUCAGCGCCUCGAAUCCGGAUGAAAAGUCUGUAGAAGAUUCCUUUCAGGAACGAAUUCCCUGCCCCCUGGAUCCCAAACACACCGUCUUCAAACGAAAGCUAGCCAAGCACCUGACCAUUUGCAAUGCCAGGGAUCAGGAAAGCUCAUUGCCCUACAUUGUCAAAGGAGUAAACUCUGGGGAGAAUUCGGAGGAGCAUUUCGAGGAACUGGAUAAACUUAACCAAAUAAAACUGCACAAACUGUCGGACGAAGAGUUUUAUGGGUUAAUCGACAAAGUAAAGGAACUGUAUGAUAAGCACAUCAAUUCUAGCAUACAGGAACUGCAGAUGGAGCAUGAGUCCCUUAAAAGCAAAUUGAAUCGGGAGGACUAUGGCCACGAAACGCUGCGACAGCUCACCCAGGCCUCUAGCCUGCUGGGCAUACUGGAGAGGGAUCAGCAGCUCACGGAUCACACAAGCUUCGUGGAAUUCGGCGCCGGAAAGGGACAAUUAGCCUACUAUUUGGCCACCGUUUUGGAGGAUCAGCAAUUGACUCGCUCACAGGUGGUGCUCAUCGACCGAAUGUCUCUUCGCCACAAAAAGGACAACAAGGUGGCCAACAAGGAGCUGGUACAGCGCAUUCGGGCAGAUAUUGCCGAUCUGAAACUGUCCGCCUUGCCGGAGCUAAAGAAAACCCAACGAAUGGUGGCGCUAUCGAAGCAUCUUUGCGGUGCAGCCACGGAUUUAACACUGAGAUGUAUACUGGACGAUGAAGCUGCCACCACGGACUAUGUGCUCAUUGCCUUGUGCUGCCACCAUCGCUGCUCCUGGGGCUCUUAUGUCGGCCGAUCGUUUCUGCAGCAAUCCGGCAUUGGACCACGGGAGUUUGCUAUCCUAACCAAAAUGGUCAGUUGGGCGGUAUGUGGCACCGGAUUGAGCCGAGAGCGGCGCAGGGCCAUGGAGUUGGCGGACGAUCAGCCGGCGGAGUCAAACACCCAGCGACUAAGUCGCGAGGAACGGGAAAAGAUUGGCCAGCAGUGUAAGCGGGUGCUGGACUACGGACGACUCGAGCACUUGCGCUCACACGGAUACCAGGCGGAGCUCAAGUUCUACGUUCCGAGGGACGUAACUUUGGAAAAUGUGGUCCUGCUGGCCAGGCGAUCCACCUCUGAACCCGAUAGCCAAAAUAAAUGCAGUUGACCAUAGUAAAAUA